AUCUCUUGCCGACAGGGAUCUUACACGCAACGCCGCGAAAUUCGGAGCUGUAUCGAUAAACGAAAGAAAAUCGCUCCGGACACCGAAACAAAUACCAAAAAAAAAACCUAUGGUCAUAGGGUGGUAACGCUGACAUGGUUAGGGCGCCGGAGUAGUGAUGUGCGCAGAGCGAUGCGGCCUGUGCUCAUAGCCGCUUGCUUACUGCUGCUUGCGCCCAUCACCGAUUCUUGGUGGGCGUCUGGCAGCGCAGUGAUCCUGGAUCCUCGCAUGGUGUGCAAGAAGAACAGACGCACGCGCGGGCGGCUCGCGCAGAUCUGCAAGAACGAGACUGGUCUGCUGAAGGAAAUCAGUCGAGGAGUCACGCUGGGGGCGACAGAGUGCGCGCACCAGUUCAGGCACCGCCGGUGGAACUGCACUACGCAGAGGCGGAGCAUGAGGAAGAUACUCAUGAGGGAUACAAGGGAAACAGGGUUCGUGAAUGCGAUCACCGCGGCCGGUGUCACAUACGCCAUCACCAGGGCGUGUACCGCGGGCUCGCUACUGGAAUGCUCGUGUGAAAAGGGCGUACCGAAACCUCGCCGCGGGAGAACGCAAGUGCCCCAGCCCCCGUCUCCAGCGCAGACAGACCAGUGGCAAUGGGGCGGCUGCAGCGACAACGUCCGCUUCGGCCUGCAGAAGUCCAGGGAGUUCAUGGACAGUAGAUACAGGAAGAGGAGUGACAUCAAAACCCUGAUAAAGCUGCAUAAUCACAACGCUGGGAGGUUGGCAAUUAGAAAUAAUAUGAAAGUGGAGUGUAAAUGCCACGGGCUGUCAGGCUCCUGCACUCUUCGGACUUGUUGGUGGAGAAUGCCCACCUUUAGAGAAGUUGGGGAACGUCUGAGAGACAAAUUUGAAGGUGCUGCUAAGGUGAUCUCAAGUAACGACGGCGAUAGUUUUAUGCCUGAAAGUCCUAAUAUUAAACGACCAGGGAAGAAAGAUAUAAUAUACUCAGAAGAGUCGCCUGAUUUCUGCACUCCUAACAUGAAGACUGGAUCACUUGGUACUGAAGGACGCCAGUGCAAUAUAAGCUCUGCAGGAACUGACAGUUGCGAUCAACUCUGCUGUAGAAGAGGUUAUUUACAAACAUCUAUCAAGGAGGCUGAAAAUUGCAAUUGUCAGUUUAAGUGGUGUUGCGAAGUCAUUUGCAAAACAUGUUAUGUGAAGCGAGACAUACAAACGUGCCUUUAAUGUGAUAGACAAUAAUUACGUGGUUAAAAUUUAAUUAAAGUAUUUUUUUAAACAAU